AUGGCUGAGGGGCAGGCGAUCGCUCCGCCGCCCUUCAACGACCGCUGCAUCGCCGUCUCUGGCAGGUGCGGCUACGCGUGCAUGGAGCAGCAGAGCCCGGCCCUCGAGCAUUGUGACCCCUCGGGCAGCAUCUUCAGCGAGGACCUCCUCGGGCUCGAGGCCUUCGAGCCGCCGACCAAUGAGGGCGCAGUGGUCGGCCUGUUCGUGUGGACCCUGCUGCUGGGAUUCGCCGUCAAGAUCCUCACGUACACCCCCGGCCUCUUCAUGCCUUACAAGCACGCCAUGCACUACACCCCGAACCAGACGGCCAAGCUCAAGUACAUCGCGGUCUGCGUGCCCAGCGGCGCCGAGACCAAGGCCUGCGUGCUCCGCAACAUCGUGGGGGCCCUCUCCGGGCUCCCCUCCGGCUGCCAGUGCCCCUUCCACGUCGUCUUCGCGGACGAGGGGCACCGGCACCCCCAGAAGGUCAUGUUCCGCGCGCUGAACCGCGUGCUGGACGCGGUGCCGGCCGCGACCCUGACCGUCAGCAGGGUGCCGACGGCGCGCAGCGUGACCGGCACGAGGAGCGGCGCGAACAGCCCCAGGACUCCCAGGACGAAGAGCUACCGGCCGACGUCCAGCCGCGCGGUCAAGGAGGAGAACCUGAAGCUCUUCCUGAAGCACUGGACCGAGAAGACGAGGGCCUUCCAGCUCGCGACGUGCAACACCGAGAAGAUGGCCAAGAGGAUCAAGAAGCUCAGGGAGGACCUGCUGGCCGGAGGCGGGGCCGCAGACGGUGCCAGGGACAAGGACCUGUUGAGGAGAGACGAGGCCUCGAAGAAAGAGAUCAAGUCGCUCGAGGACAUGCUCGACUCCCUCUGCGGGACGAGCGCCCUCAGGCUCCUUCAGUCGAGGUACGGUUGGCCGGCGGCGGACUCGGAGGAGGGCCGCGAGAUCCGCGAGCUCGAGGAGGCGAUCCAGUGCCUGAGGGCCGAGCUCACAGUCGGCGAGAAGCAGGUGGCCGGCGCGGACGGGUCCGCGGACCAGGUGCCGGCCUGCGAGGACGAUUACGAGGACCACAGCUGGCUACCAUCCUCCACCGGCGCCAGCGGGGCGUCGGACGAGGAGGCCGCGAGGGCGAGGGCACCCCUCUACACGAUGCACUACGUCGCCCGCGCGAAGCCCGACGAAGACGAGAGGACCCUCAAAGUCCAGCACGUGGCCAGGGGCGGCUGGUACUACAAGGUGCCCUUCGACGAGGCGAAGAGGCAGAAGAAGAGCUGGCUGGAGUGGCGCCGCAACAUCUACGAGUUCCAGGACGGGGACUACGACGUCAACAAGGUAUUGGUCCCAGUCCGUACGAGCCGAGGAAAGGCUGGCGGUUUGAACUUUGUGGAGAAUUAUCUUCGGAUUUAUUCCAAUACCACCUUCGUGAAUCGAUGCAGGUUGGCAGUUUGGACCCAGUGCGCUUCAAGCCAUCCUUGUUCAGCAUCGCCGACGCCAGGCACCAGUUCCAGCCAGACUUCUUCCACGUGA